CUUCCUGCUGCGGUUUCCACCUCGAGCUGGGCUCAGCUAAUUUGUUGUGACAGCUGUCGGCAGCCGCCCCUCCGCCCCGUGACAUCCCGCAGGUUUCAGAACCGCGGCGCCGCCGGGCACAGACUCCGGGUCCGGAGCGCGCGGCCCUUUCCUCUGCGGCCGCCGUUUCCUGAAAGGGGCUGCGCGGGUGUGAAGAACUUGCUCAAUGCGCUUUGUAGGCUCCACUGUUCCUCUUUCGGCCGCGGGCUGCGCCGAUGGUCCGGGGAGCCCGGCUUCUCGCCCCCUGCCCCUUCCUUCUCUUCCCUUCUCUCUUUUCCUCUCCUGUCUCUCCGCCCACCCGCCGCAGCCCCGCAGGAGAGGGGUCGCUUCCCUGGUUGCUCUCCUCUCCUGUCCCUUGUGUGUCCCCUUGUCUUCCCUCGGUCUGCAGAAGGGACGGGGUGGCGGCUGGGGAGCGUCGGGGGAAGAGGGCAAGAGCGUGGGCUACGAGCUUGCAGGCGAUGCCCGGCUUCGCGCUCGGCGGGAGCUGCGGGCCAACCCGGGCCCGCGCUCCGUCCCUCCGCGGUGUCUAGGGGUCGCCCGGGCUGGGGUCGCGUCACGCUCCGCCCAGCGCCGGCGUGGUGGGGCUUGCGCGGUGCAGGACCCCCGAGGGCCCAGGGGGUCCCAAGGCGCUGCGGGUCCAGUGUCCCUUUGUUUGCAGAGUCUUGGGCCAGUAAGGAGUGCUCCGCGGGCCCCAGGGGAGGACAACAGGUGCCUCUUGCCCCACCCGGGCUCCUCUGGUGGGAGCCCACACGCACGGUGGCGUCACUGCGCCUACAGGCAACGCUAGAGCACAGGAGGGGUGGGAGGUCGGGGCUCGAGGGCUUCACCCCGCAGCAGUGCUCAGAGCCCAAUCCAGGCCUUAGGGACCCGCCUGGGACCUAGAACUUGGUGUGGCAGAGGUAGAAAGGGCCUCCGAUAAUAUGCUUCUACAGUUGAGAGACGUCAACUGGCACCUCUGAGCCUCUGCCCCGUAGGUGAAAUGGGAACACACGAAACCAUCUGAGGAGCUCUCACUGUCCGUCACCACCAAAUGUGGCCCAGACUCAGUGGGGAGGGACAGUCCCAUCCUGGAACUGGGGCUUUUAGGACAUCCCAGAGCCCGGUAAGAGGGACGGGGAGAAUGGGGCUUGGAAGUUGGUAGCCUCACAUUCAGUGUCCCCCGCACCUCCUUCCCUUUCUGUACCCUCUGGUGGCUCUUGUGGCCUCAGCUGCUCCCAGACCCUGUCUCUCUCGCCCUCCCCCAAGCUGAGGUACUGAGGUUGGGCUGUGGCUUGAGCUGCACCUGUGCCCUGUUAGGGAGUGGGGGUCCCAGGCCCAUCGCGUUUCUUCUCACUGCUGGCUCCAGCUCAACACUUGGCAGGCCCCCCUCCCCAAACUGCUGGAGCAAGCUCGCGUAGACUCGGCCUGGCCGCCGCUCCCGGGCUGCCGAGUGGACCGGCCGUUUCGCCGCUUCAAAGGCUGUCUUUGUUUUGCUCCAGCUCAAGCUUAGAGAAACUUAAGCCAACAACCUCAGCCGAGGGGGCGGGGCGGCGUCUGCUGGUUGUUAUUGAGGCUGCUGUUACCAUUAUUGUGGUAAUUGACGCAGUGUUCCCAGUCGGUGACUUUUCAUGAAAGGAAGUGUCACUUCCUUCCCAUCACACCCAGGGUGAGUGGGGCGGGCAGCAGAAAGAUGGGGAGGGAGAGAAGGAAAGGGGUGUGUGCCUCCAGCAGACCCUUAAACUUGAGAGCUGUGUGGCCUUGUACUAGUCACUGCCCCUCUCUGGGCAACAGGGGUCUGUAAGUCCAUUGCGCUCAUCCUGCACCCAGGAGGCUGAUGUUUCCGGAGCACCUGCUGGGCAGCGAGGUGCCUUGGGGAGGGAGCAGGACAGGCAGGCCUCUGAUCUUCUCACUGAGCCUGGCUGUGGUUUGUGGGGGAAGCCUCCUUUCUCUUCUCACUUUUUUCUGCUGAGAACAUUGGGCACAUUGAGUCUAGCACGCCCAUCUUGUAGAUGGGGAAAGGGAGAUACAGAACCAGUGACCAACUUGGUAAGAGGUGCAGCCAUGCAGUGCUGGAACCCCUUGCCCCAUCUGUCCUCUUGGCCCACUUUCAUCUGCUUCCAGCUUGAUGUCUGGCAGGGCAGGGGCCCACUGACUUCCCCACAUCCACCCACUGCCUGGCCCCAUAGCUACCUUCUAGUCCUGGCUAAGCCCCGUGAGACAUCUUAAGUUUGUCUUCAGUGACUCUCAACCACCGCCCGACUGCCUUCACCUUCCUGCCUUUGCAUACCUGCCUUUGCUUCGCCAGGUUGGUUGGGCCCUGGCCAGAGCUGGCCCCCUACUCUCUCAGGUAACAGGUAGCAGUUUUUUAAAUGGAAUCUCAGUAGGUAUCAACAGGUCUUUCCUCCUUCCUCAAGAUUAUGGAGAUAACACCCCUUAUUCAAAGAUGGUGGGUCCUCUGGGCCCUCCCCCACCCAGGCCAGGGAAGUUGAUUCAUAGAGUGUGGGGGCCAUGCCCCUUCCCGGCCCUCCCCCUCUCCCCGCUGCUGCCCAGCUCUCUGACCAGCCCCCUCCCAUCCCUGAGCCUGGAUGCCUUAGCAGUCAACACAGACCUGCUCUUGUUAGCAGAGUGUCAGGAGCGAUGUGCUGGGAAACUGCACAUCUACUUGGGGAAAGGGGACAAGUUUGCAUCCUCUGAGCACAGAUAAGGAACUUGAGGUCUCCCUGCUCCCAUUAGAAAGAAAAAAAUCUCUAGCUCUCAGGGAUCAUCGUCUCUCAGGAGUCAGACUACCCUGGUUCUGAAUCCCAGCUCUGCCAUGGAUAAGCUCUGUGGCCCCAGGCAAGUUACUGAAGUUCUCUGAGCCUCAGACAUUAUAUCUGUUAUAUCUGGAUGGCUGGGAAGAUUCAGCAAAGCAAUGUUGUAUGAGAUGCCUAGCCCACACCAGCCAGGGCACUGAUUUGAGUCGGUGGAGCAUGUAACUUGAGAACAAGUAGACCUAUGGGAGCAUCCUCUACUGGAGGCAGUGACAGACUAACAUCUUCAGUGCUGGAGUUUUAGGAUCUGGGAGUUGAGCUUGACUCAGACAGGAGCUAUGGAGUUGGAAAGAAAUCAGACUCAUAGCACAGGAAGAGCCUCACGCAAUCCUCCUGCCCAGCACCCUGCCGCACCCCCUCUCUGCCUAGUGAGGGACUGGGUCACUAGGAGCCCAGGCUCAUCUUCUGGCGCAGCCACCUAGCCUGCCUCGGCCCUCUUCCCAGCAGUGAAAUGAGGAAAUCGCAGGGGGGCUUUUGUGGAGUGAACUACUGUUAUCAGGGUUUUUCUAACACCAUUUUCUAGCUGCACAAAACUCAAGGAACAAACUAGGAAUAAACCUCCCCAAGAAAGCACAGGGGCUUUUUAAGAAGGAACUUCUGAGGACUGCAGAGGGAAACCUGAAUUAUGGAGACACAUGGUCCUGAAAAGAAAGAUGCAAUACUGUAAAGCAGCCCCUGUCAAAGGGAACAGGAAGCAGUCCACGGAGGGUGACGCCCUAGACCCACCUGCAUCCCCCAAACCUGCUGGCAAGCAGAACGGGAUCCAGAACCCCAUCUCGCUGGAGGACUCCCCCGAGGCAGGCGGGGAGCGGGAGGAGGAGCAGGAGCGGGAGGAGGAGCAGGCCUUCCUGGUCAGCCUCUACAAGUUCAUGAAGGAGCGACACACGCCCAUCGAGAGGGUGCCCCAUCUCGGCUUCAAGCAGAUUAACCUGUGGAAGAUCUACAAAGCAGUGGAGAAGCUGGGGGCCUAUGAGCUGGUGACCGGGCGCCGCCUCUGGAAGAACGUGUACGACGAGCUGGGGGGCAGCCCAGGCAGCACCAGCGCGGCCACGUGCACGCGCCGCCACUACGAGAGGCUGGUCCUGCCGUACGUGCGGCACCUGAAGGGGGAGGAUGACAAGCCGCUGCCCACCUCCAAGCCCAGGAAACAGUACAAGAUGGCUAAGGAGAACAGGGGGGAUGAUGGGGCCACCGAGAGGCCGAAGAAGGCCAAGGAGGAGCGGCGCAUGGACCAGAUGAUGCCAGGAAAGACCAAAGCAGAUGCUGCUGACCCAGCACCACUUCCCAGCCAGGAGCCCCCCAGGAACAGCACAGAACAGCAGGGCCUGGCCUCUGGGUCUUCUGUGUCCUUUGUGGGUGCCAGCAGCUGUCCUGAGGCCUACAAGCGGCUCCUAUCCAGCUUCUACUGCAAGGGGACACACGGCAUCAUGUCACCACUGGCCAAAAAGAAGCUCCUGGCCCAGGUGAGCAAGGUGGAGGCCUUGCAGUGCCAGGAGGAGGGCUGCCGCCAUGGGGCAGAGCCCCAGGCGUCCCCAGCUGUUCACCUCCCAGAGAGUCCCCAGAGCCCCAAAGGGCUGACUGAGAACUCCAGGCACCGGCUGACCCCUCAGGAGGGAUUGCAGGCCCCAGGUGGCAGCCUCAGAGAGGAGGCGCAGGCAGGCCCCUGCCCGGCAGCCCCCAUCUUCAAGGGCUGCUUCCACACCCACCCCACCGAGGUGCUGAAGCCUGUCAGCCAGCACCCCAGGGACUUCUUCUCUAGACUUAAAGAUGGGGUGCUAUUGGGGCCUCCUGGCAAAGAGGGGCUGUCAGUGAAAGAGCCCCAGCUGGUGUGGGGCGGGGACGCUAACCGCCCUUCUGCGUUCCAUAAAGGUGGCUCCAGAAAGGGCAUCCUCUACCCCAAGCCCAAAGCCUGCUGGGUGUCCCCCAUGGCCAAGGUCCCAGCCGAGAGCCCCACGCUCCCGCCCACCUUCCCCAGUAGCCCAGGCCUGGGCAGCAAGCGCAGCCUGGAGGAAGAGGGUGCUGCCCACAGUGGGAAGAGACUGCGGGCCGUGUCUCCCUUUCUUAAGGAGGCGGAUGCCAAGAAGUGUGGGGCCAAACCUGCAGGGUCCGGCCUGGUCUCCUGCCUUCUGGGCCCAGCCCUGGGGCCUGUGCCCCCAGAGGCCUACAGGGGCACCAUGCUGCACUGCCCGCUGAACUUCACUGGCACCCCGGGCCCCUUGAAGGGCCAGGCUGCACUCCCCUUCAGCCCCCUGGUCAUCCCGGCCUUCCCGGCCCACUUCCUGGCCACUGCAGGCCCCCCGCCCAUGGCCGCUGGCCUGAUGCACUUCCCCCCAACGUCCUUCGACAGUGCCCUCCGCCACAGACUUUGCCCGGCCUCAUCUGCCUGGCACGCACCACCAGUCACAACCUAUGCAGCGCCCCACUUCUUCCACCUCAACACCAAGCUGUAGGCCAGCCCAUGGUGUCGUGUGCACUGUGGAGUCGACAGGGGCCUACAACAGGCAGGUACUGCUGCCAGGGGGCUCUGAACUAGUGCCUGCUACCCAGGACACCCGGGCCAUGCCCCUGGCUGGGCAGCCUGGCACAAGUGAAGAAGAAGGCAAUGGGAAAACUGGGUUUAUCUCAAGGCAGCAGCCUGAGCCCAGGAGCAGAGGACCCAGUUGUUAUAAGGCGCUGGGAGAGGAUGGGCAGCUCCCACUGCCCCAGAGCAGAGCUCGAAGCACCCAGGUUGCCCACGGAAAAUCCAAUAAAAAGACACCAGUGUGAAUCCA